AGGCACUCCCGGCUUAGAAUCUAUGGAACUUACAAACUUGGUUGAUUGCAAUGAGUUGUUGCUAUGUGUGAGGAAGAAAGGAGCUGUUGUGUGGAACCCAUGGUUGGGAGAGAGUACAUGGAUCGAGCUGUGGUCAAGACUAUCUCGUAUAAAAUUCCAAGGCAUAGGAUACGACAGUAAGACUUACAAGCUCGUUGCUAACUACCCUGGGAUCAAAUAUCCCACCUUUGACAUGUGGAAAAUCUAUGAAUUUGCCUCUAAUGUGUGGAUAAACCACGAGCCAGAACCUGGUGAUGGUGGUAGCAUAAACAUUCAAAAUGUUGUAUCGUUGAAUGGAACUUUGUAUUGGGUUUGUUUUCAUGACGAGACCGAUCCCUUGUGCUACCACAUUAGAAAAUUCGAUUUUUCUAGCGGAUUAUUCAUAAGAUUUUGUGAUCUACCAUGCGGGAGAAACCAUGAUGGGGAUGCUCUUGUCCUUGGGGUCUUUAGGGGAGAUCGGUUUUCGUUGCUAAAGCAAUGCAAGGUAACAAAGAAGAUUGGUAUUUGGGUGACCGAGAACAAGAUCAAUGAAAAUGGUGCGGAUGUGGUUUGGAUGAAUUUCAUGAACUUUUCAAGUCCUGACUUGCCGGAUUUAUACUCUAAGCCAAGUUACUUCAUCGAAGAUAAAAGACUCGUGGUGUGCUCUUGCAACGACACUGGUCGUGCUUGGAUCUAUAUAUUGGGGGAUAAUAAGUUGAUCAGUAAAACUCGUAUAGAUUGUGUUGUUGAUCCUUGGCCUUUGCACUGUACCUUUAUUCCCAGUUUGGUACCGGUUCCUCGAGGCCGAAGAGAAGAACUGGCAGAAUUACAAGUUUAGUUUUAUUACAUUUUGGCUUCUUGUUUGGUACGUUAUAGAGAAGCUAAAUUUGAUUUGAAUCUUGGUGUUUUUAUUCAUUACCAUCUUAUUUGCUUAAACUAGAUAAUUUACUAAUUUUCCCUCACCUUUUCUUGUUGAAUGUUCAUCUUGAUAAUAACCAGUACAUUUCGUA